UUCUAGCGCACAUUUACAAACUAUACAAAUCCGUCCAAAACCAGGAUUACUCUAGUUCUUUCUAUAAAACAAACCCUUGCUACAAAUAACGUGCUACUCAGAUUAGCCAGUUKAAAGAAUGUAAAAUUACACGCCAAUCAAAGGGAUCACAGAAAUGCAAAAACCUGUCGAAAAUUAAUCGCAAUUACGUCAGUUAGCGGAUUACAGUCACUUGGUAUUCGCAGCGGCUGACCGAAAAUAAUAACUUCCCAGCUAAAACCACACUGGGGACUGUUAAAUAAUUAGAUACUUUGAACAGCUAAAUUUUAAUAUGUAUACGCUGUGUUUUGUCAAAGCUUACUGUUAGUUUCUAUAUGAGAAAGUCACAACAAAGUGAUGUUUGAUUUUGCUUGUCAUGACGACAAAUCCACCAAGUGACACUUUGAUGAUCUAAAGUUCGCUACUCCUUCUCUAGUCUAUUUAUCUAAAAAUCAAAAAGCCCAAUAGCAUUGCCGGAAUUGUAUUGAUUAAGAAUUUGAUACCGUUUGCUGAUUGGCUAAUCGGUUUAUGCAUUAAAGAUUUGCAAAGAUUUCUUUAGAGUUAAGCCUAAAGUUUGUUGACUUUCAACUUAGCGGGCGACUGUGUUGGUAUUUUGGAGAUCAGUUCAGAACAAUUCACGUAUUUCAUAGUAUCCUUUAAGUUGUGUUGUCUUUUAWGGAAUUUUAARURCGCGUACGAAAAGAAAAUGGCCUCAAAARACAAAAACGGUCGAAMAGGAUGGUCGAAUUUCAUAGAAAAAUUGCAAAAUAACAAUUCAAAUACAAAUACUAMAGCAGAUUCGGAAGAGUCAAAUGCUGUGUCAAGAGAAAACAACUUCACGACAACUUCUUUAAGACGCAAACUUCCACCAUUGGAAAUCCCAGCAAAAGCURGCACUGCAAGCAAAAAUYGCUCAAAGUCCMCGGAAGAAGAAACAGUAUCCUGCUACGAAAAUUCUUGCCCCGAAAUUUUUCAUUCGGAAARCAAAGAUCAUGACAACCCAKUGGAGGAAGUACGCAGCUCAACUCCUGAAAGUGACUCGGCRGCAUUUCCCAAAGUAGCUCGAACGAUACAAAUGGCGUCCUCUUGGCUUAAAAAGAGUAGGCAAACAAGCAAGGAACAACAAGUUGAUCCGUUUCUUGAUCGAUUAGAAAUGUUYGGGCCUCGUUCGCGGCGGUUUACUCUCGGAACGCUUCAAGACGUCGCUACUCAUAAACAUUGGAUAAUAGAACCUUCGGGAAAGUUCCUGUUUUGUUGGCUAGUCGUAGUAGCCAUAGCAGUUUUGUACAAUUUAAUCUUCAUCAUYGCUAGACAAUGUUUCCAUGAGCUUCAUAAUAAUUACAUGGUAGUUUGGUUCGUGUUUGAUUAUCUUUGUGACAUUGUCUAUGGACUGGAUAUGUUUUGCCAGUUUCGAACAGCUUAUUUAGAACAAGGACUUCUUGUCAAAGACCCCAAGAAGCUGCAACAUCACUACAUGAGCAGAAAAUUMGACUUCAAGCUGGAUGUUAUAUCACUUUUACCGUAUGAUCUUUUAUAUUUUGCUGUUGGCUCGAACCAAACURUUGUACGGAUACCCAGAAUCCUUCGUGUUUACAGAGUACUUCAGCUUUUUCAAAAGAGUGAACGAAAGACACGGCAUCCAAACCUUCUCCGAUCCAGUGUCGUUGUUUUGACUUUCUCUCUUAUCUUUCAUUGGAACGCUUGUUUUUACUUUGCUAUAUCAGAGUCGAUUGGUUUUGGUAGUGAUAAAUGGGUAUAUCCAAACCUCACAACACCUGGGUACAACAAGYUAUCACGACAAUAUCUUUAUAGYGUKUACUGGUCUGCAAGAAUGAUGAUAACAGGAGAAAAUGAAAAUCCACCAGAGACUGACAUGGAAUUGCUGUUUGUAAUUGUCGACCUGACGAUGGGUUAUUURAUUUUCGCAGCGUUGAUUGGWCAAUUUGGCGCCAUUUUGAGCCAAAUGAUGCGCGCGCGCGUCGAAUUCCUGGACGAUUCUGAAACCAUCAAACAGUACCUGCAACAUAACAAUGUCASCCAAGAUUUAGAAACUCGAGUUGUUUCUUGGAUUGACUACAUGUGGCAGACAAAACAGUCAUUUGAUCAAGAGAAAGUGCUUCGUAAACUCCCAGAGAAACUCCGUGCGCAAAUAACAGUCCAUGUUCACCUUGAAACUCUACGUCGAGUCGAGGUGUUUUCUGACUGCGAACCAGGAUUACUAAAAGACAUCGUGGUAAAACUCAAAUCCCAAGUCUACUCCCCUGGGGACUACAUUUGUCGAAAAGGUGAUGUUGGAAAAGAGAUGUACAUAGUUAAAAGUGGACGUCUUCAGGUGGUUGGCUCUGAUGGACUAACCGUAUUAGCAACUCUUUCAGAGGGGAGCUACUUCGGAGAGAUAAGCAUUUUGAAUUUAUCAGAGAUUGGAAAUCGUCGCACGGCGGAUGUUCGUUCUGUUGGAUUCAGUGAUUUGCUUUGUUUAUCUAAGGAUAAUUUAUUGGUUGUUUUAACAGACUAUCCCGAAGCACGAACUAUGUUGGAAGAAAGAGGAAGAAAUCUUUUGAAUUUGCCCUCUUGAGCGUAAAAAUUAUACUAUUCGAUGCGAGMGCGCAUUCACUAGUGAACCAGKCUGUGAACCGCGACGCUGAAACUUUUAUUUUAGAAUAAAARCCGUCAUUUUGCGGUGAUUGAUAUGAUUAAAUAAUUUGAAAAAAAAAAGAGAAAGAUAAAAGAUAGAAAAACAAUAGAUAARUAAUUGUUCAAAGUGUGACAUGUGCUGAAUAAAAAUG